AUGGUGCGGUCUCCGUUUCCCGUAUCCAGUCUUUCUAAGCUUCACCUCAAAGGUUCAAAGUGCGGCGUUCCUCCGGCAUGGAGCGCGGCGGUUCACUCUCUGAGGGUUGUAGGAGGGACUGAGGCCACAUAUGGAUCCCACCCAUGGCUGGUUUCACUGCAAAACAGGGGUUCUCACUUCUGUGGAGGGGCCAUCUUGACCGACCGCUGGAUAAUGACUGCUGCACACUGCUUCACAUCUGUGUCAAAAGAGUUUCUCAGUGGUCUGAGAGUCCUAGUUGGAGACUUUGACCAGAGAGUAACUGAUGAAGAGGAGCAAGUCUUUCUGAUCAAGGCCGUCUCGAUCCAUGAGGAGUACAGUCGUGUUUUGCCGAUGCACUACGACAUAGCUCUGGUUGAACUGGAACAACGCAUUAAGAUGGGAGCUCACAUCCAGCCAAUAUGUCUACCUUUGCCUGAUGAGAAUAUCCGUCCCCAGACCAGCUGCAUUGUGGGUGGGUGGGGGAGGACAAAGGAAAGAGGUCGUCUUCCUGCGGUGCUGAGAGAAGUCCAGUUGGAUUUGGUGAAGCCAGCCAAGUGUAAAAAUGUCCUCCAGACUGUGAUUCUGAACCAGAGUCCAAUCAGGCACUCGCCCGUCUUGACAGUUUUAUGUGCCGGACCAGAGAGAGGAGGUAGAGAUGCCUGCCAGGGAGACUCAGGGGGUCCUCUGGUAUGUCCGGUGGGGUCGGGGAGCAGUCGCUGGGUGGUGCUGGGCGUAACCUCCUGGGGUAAAGGAUGCGGCCGGAGCUGGGGAAACAACAGCAGUCGCCCUCCUUCUAGAAGAGGAUCUCCGGGGAUCUUCUCUGACGUCAGACUGCUGCUGCCUUGGAUCAAGAGUAAACUGAGAGAGGCUGAGAAGCAGCAGCAGCGGAAUCAGCAGCAGGGAGCGACUUUAUCCAGACUCUGCAGUGUGAGAGACGGGGCUGUAUCUGACAGCGAGGGGCCAAUCAGAAACCCCGCCCUCCCUGCUGAUCGCUAUGACAACAACCAGUUGUGUUUGUGGAGCAUCAGUGUUCCUCUGGGUUACGGUAUUCUGUUGGAGUUUGAUCAUUUUGACCUGGAGAAUGACUCACGCUGUCACUACGACCGGCUCACUGUGUCAGUCGGGGCUCACAGGCCUGUUGGAAUAUUCUGUGGAAGUGCCGCCCCCAGUCGGGUGGUUCUAAAUACCUCCCAGAAUGCAACGCUCCUCUUCUCCUCUGACAUUAGCGGAGCAGGAAGUGGCUUUGUAAUUAGGCACCGUGCUGUCAGGGGACACUCUGAUCCUGGAUGCGGGGCAGUAGUUCUGGUUGAGGAUCAGGCCGCCAUCCACAGCCCAAAUUACCCACAAUCCUACGGAGAGGAUUGUCUCCUCCGCUGGGUAGUCUAUGCCCCGGAGGGCCACGUCGUUAAGCUGGACUUUACUGACUUUCACCUGGAGGAGUCGGACAGAUGUUUGUACGAUUCCCUCACAGUCCUGGCGGAUGUCGAAGGAACGGAGGAGAUUGCUGUGCUGUGUGGUGGCACCGUUCCUCCUCCUGUCCUCUCCUACCACAACGUCAUGGUGCUUCAGUUCACGUCCGACGGCAGCAUCGCUCACAGAGGAUUCAGGGCCACGCUCACGUUCAUCAGCGCUGCAGACCUGCAUGAUCAGGACAGAACAGAUGUGGACAAUCACCCAGAUGUUCCGAAACCUAACCAGUGGCACACAACGUCUCAUGACUCAGUUGUGAAACGGUCCAACAGCAGAGCUCUGUCCCACCGGGAAGAUGUGGACCUUAUAUCCUCCUCAGGGGGUUCCAGGCUUGACGUGGACGGAUGGAGUUCAGACGAUGAAGACCAAAGCGGUGAAUCCUCGGGGACUGAGCAGUAAACCUCCUGGAAGGAGAUGUUUUCAUUCAUACGGCUCAGGAGGCAGGAGCUGGUGGUUUAUACUCAUCUGUCUGUUGCUUAGAGCUGUUUUAUUUUCAUAAAAGAUGCUGGAGGCUCCAAAGAUGAAAACACAUUCUCUCUACUAAAAUAUCUUUACACUGAUUUCCCAAUCAUUAUUAUUAUUUUAUAUGAAUAUCAAACUUUGUGUUGGUUUAUUUUGGUCAUAACAAACUCAGUUUUUAAAUAAAUAAAAGAUGUGCAGUGUAUAUAAAUCUAAUGGUUGUCUUUUCAAAGACACAAAACUGCUUUGACCAGACUCAAGACAUUUAUUGUAUAUCUUCAUUCUCAAGACACUCAUAGAGACUAUAUGAGUUGCCUCGCUGGUCUGGACUGAAAUAUCUCCACGAGUUAAGAUUUGGGCUGCAGGGGAUGAACCUUUAGACUUUGGCUGAGGAUGGUGACGUCUACAGAGCUGAGUUUAAUGUCAACUAGAUUGCCAGGAAAUUACACAUUUGUGAAAUGCAGUUACGUUUAUGUCCAAAUAUCUGCUGAAUCUUGAGGUAGACUUGGACAGACUUCAGUGAUCCACAAGGGGAAGUGCUUGGUCACAGUAGCUUAGUUGUCACAAAAAGAUGAGCUGUUGUACAGCUGGAUAGAGUGUGUAAUAAAAGAAGUCCUGUGGCGUUCACUGUGGGAGUGAAGCUGAAUCAGUCUGCUGGAGAAUGAGCUCCGCUGUCCCUCCUGUGUUUAGUGUAGUGG